CCUCUUCCUGCCUGCUGCAAACUAGGCAUGCCACCAGCCUCACAUUGACAAUCAAAACCAGUGCCCCACAUGUGCUAGGAAGACUACCACUGAGCCAUAAUCCUAGCCCCAAGGGUCCUGAUCAUGAAAACAACUGUGACCAAUCAGAAGUUACUGUGGCUACUGCUGCUUAUAUUAGCCUUCUUGAUCACUUUUACAGUUCUCCAAAAGUACACAAAGUUCUCAUUCAGUUUGAGAAACCGUAUUGCUAAGAAACAAGGGGAAACUUCACCAACAGAAACUGAGCUGAAAAUAAAGGAGAUCCUGGGGAAACUAGACCAGCUGAUCCCGCCCAGACCCUUCACCCAUGAGGCCACCACCACCAGUGCCACACACAGCUCAGCCACCCUCCUCAACCCUAGAGACACAUACUGCAGGGGGGACCAGCUGGACAUCCUGCUGGAGGCCAGGGACCACCUGGGACGCAGGAAGGAAUAUGGAGGGGACUUCCUCAGGGCCAGGAUGUUCUCCCCAGCCCUGAAGGCAGGCGCCUCAGGAAAGGUGACAGAUUUCAACAAUGGCACCUACCUUGUCAGCUUCACUCUGUUCUGGGAGGGCCAGGUCUCUCUGUCUCUCCUGCUCAUCCACCCCAGUGAAGGGGUGUCGGCUCUCUGGAGGGCAAGGAACCAAGGCUAUGAUAAAAUUAUGUUCAAAGGUAAAUUUGUUAAUGGCACCUCCCAAGUCUUCACUGAAUGUGGCCUGACCCUAAACUCUAGCUCUGAACUGUGUACCUACCUGUAUGGGAGAGACCAGGAAGCCUUCUACUGCAUGAAGCCUCAACACAUGCCCUGUGAGGCCCUGACCCAUGUGACCACCAUGAACAGAGAAAUUUCUUAUCUUUCUGUCAAGGAAAAAAGGCUUUUCCAUAAGACCAAAGUGGGAGUUGAAAUGAUGAAAGAUCUUGAACAUAUCAAUGUCUCCCAUUGUAACAAGAGAGAAAAGAGCACAAAGAAAUGCCAAAUUGGAAAGAAGACUCCAGCCCCCGGGGGAUACACAUUACAAGGAAGGUGGAUAACAACAUUUUGCGACCAGAUUCAACUAGAUAGAAACAAGAUCAAUGGCUGCUUGAAAGGAAAACUCAUUUACCUGCUGGGAGAUUCCACACUGCGUCAGUGGAUCCACUACUUACCCAGAGUUGCAAAAACACUGAAAUUUUUUGAUCUUCAUGGAACUGGACCUUUUAAGAAACAUUUGCUUCUGGAUGCUGAAAGACAUACUCAGAUACAAUGGAAAAAACAUAGCUAUCCUUUUAUCACUUCUCAUCUUUACUCUGUGACAGAAGAAGGUUAUAUCCCUCAGGAAAUUGACCAGAUUUCGGGUGACAAAAACACAGCUAUUGUCAUAACAUUUGGCCAACACUUUAGACCUUUCCCCAUUGAUGUUUUCAUUCGCAGGGCCAUCAGUGUUCGAAAAGCUAUCGAACGACUAUUCCUAAGAAGCCCAGACACUAAAGUGAUCAUUAAGACAGAAAAUAUCAGGGAGAUGCACAUAGAAACAGAAAGGUUUGGAGACUUCCAUGGUUACAUUCAGUAUCUUACCCUGAAUGACAUUUUCAAAGAUCUCAAUGUAGGUGUCAUUGAUGCCUGGGACAUGACCAUUGCAUAUGGCACCAAUAACGUCCACCCACCUGAUGUUGUGAUUGGAAGUCAGAUUAACAUGUUCUUAGACUACAUUUGCUAAAGAAAAUAUUUGCAAAGUCACUAGGAACCAAUUUUCACAUCCCUUGUGUAUUGUCAAUGAAAUUCUAUUCAUUUUAAGGACCAAGACAAUCAAACUUAAAAGAACCUAUCCAUGGAAUUAUUUGUGAGAAAGACAAUAAGAAUGGAGAUGAGAUACAAAGUUAAAAAAAUCAUACAUUAAGAAUGAUCAUACCAUGCCUGAAGUAUGAAUAUGUGUGAUAAUGAGUGUUUUCAUAUUUGAAGCAAGUUUGGGUAAUGAUCUUUGGUUACUCUUGGCUGAACCAAUGGAAAAGUAGAAAAGAAUAAACAUGUCAUCAUCAUGAUACUUUAAAACAGUCACCUAACAUCCUCUGUAAAGAUAUAGAUAGUAACUAUUUUGGAAUCUGCAGGCUAUCCUGCCUCUGUCACAACUGCUCUACUCUCCACUGUAGUGCAAAAGCAGCCACAGAUGACAUGUGAACAAAUGAGUGUGUUGUGUUUCAAUAAAACUUAAUGAAUGGACAAGGAAACUUGUAUUUCAUAUAAUUUAUACUUGUCAGGAAAUAUUAUUAUUUUGAUUUUCACGAACUGUUCAUAAAUGCAAAAACUAUU